GCGGUGCUGAUGUCACGGGCUCGCGGCCGUGCUGGGACAGUCUGUGUGGGCCCCAGCGGUUCGUGGCGCCUUGCCGUGAGCAACCCGCAUGGCGAGCCUUCUCUCGCGGAUCUGCGAACAUUACUGCAACAGAUGUUACAGUGCCCGAACUGUCUAACUCCACGGAGCUGCUUCAGAGCAGAGGCCAUGAAGGACAGAAAUGGAGUGGUAAUAUUUCCCCGUGAGGAAAUUUUCCGCAACACCGGGCCUCAUGAAGCAUGGCUGAAGAAGAACGUUGUGCUCCCGACUGCGACACCACCUGCUGCCCGUCAACCUGGUUACUUUGCUUCCGACAUGAAGCCAUUGUUUCGAGUGUACAGACUUCUAGGGAUUUUCCCAAUUAAUAUGAAAGAUUCAGGCUAUGCAGAGUUCCGGCUGCUCUGCCCCUUGAUGCUGUACACGGUGUUCGUCCAAGCAAGCAUGAUGGUAGCUGCGGCCUUCUUAGCCAAAGACAGGCUGGAAUAUAUUACAAAAGAAAAUCCGAACUUCGGGCAAGUGCUGACGGAGGCCAGAUAUCUCGUGUCAGUUCUGUAUAUUUUCUUGUGGGCAGUUGCUAACUUGCCAGAAUCUGGUAUCAAAGCCCAAUUCAUCUCAUCGUGGACUGAUUACCAGAGACAAUAUAAGGCUGCGGUAGGCAAGCCCCUUGAUCUGAACUUGAGACAACAAAUGAAAACAGAGGCUUUGUUCAUAAUUGUUCUCUCUUCUGUCGAAACGGCCUUCAUGUUCUUCUCGCUGGACAAAAUCAAACUCUGGUACACAAUUCCAAUCUCGUACUGCGUGCUCUCAUGUGUGCUGAACACUGGCUUAUGGAGAGGCACAGGACUGGCCCUGGUUACAGCGGCAAGAAGCCUCAUAGGAGAUUUGGAACAGGUUCUAGGCAUGUGUGAAUUCGAAUGCGCAGAAAAGAUUGCAGAAUACAGGAUGUUAUGGUUAAAACUGGGCAAGUUAACACAAGACCUAGGCAACUGCAUGGGUUUUACAUACGGAACACAGGUGAUUGGCUACUUCUUCGAGCAGGUUAUGGCCGUGUUCGGACUCCUGGCCAAUAUGGAGGAGGGUUUUAGCAGCAGUAACAUCGGUUUUGUGUCCGACGUCAUUAUAUUUUCCUGGCUAAUAUUCGUCACGUGCAACACAGCUCAACGUGCAACAGAUGAGGUAGGGAGACACGUGCAAGAGAGGCUUCAGGUUCUGUUCCACAAGUUCCCGAGACGAUGUUCUGAAAGUAGACAAGAGGUACGAUAUUUUUUGGAAGCGAUUGCUGAAAAUCCACCCCAAAUCAACUUUUCAGGAUUUGUUGUAGUGAACAGAGGCCUUCAAACGUCGCUUAUGUCUGCGAUGGUGACGUACCUAGUUAUCCUCAUUCAGUUCCAGAUAAGCGUCGAUUCAGCAGUUAAUAAAAAUGUAACAGGCGAGAAAAGAGAAAAAUGAACUGUUGAUAUUGAAAGAUAUUUCUGAAGGGACCACAAUAUUUAAGUGUUGUUAAAAAUCCUACACUCACCGUUUUAUAUUUUGGUAUAUGUAUCUCAUAUUCAAAUAGCACUAAUCAUUAACGCCCGUAACAAUAUUUUUAUAUUCUGAAAUGUGACGCCGUGUAGUCCGACGUUUCUGCGUGACGUAGUGCCUACAUCUUCAUGGUCGGUAAAUAAUCUACGUAGGAAGUAGAAAGCAAGAAGCAAACAAAACACCCUCUGAUUUUUUCGCUGUCUCAUUUUUGUUGGUCACUUACUUGGCUUAAUUUUUACCCUGAUGAUGGAAGCAAUAUAUUCUUCUGAAACACUGAUUAACUUUCAAACGGACUACAUGGCGUCACAUCCAAAAACAUAGUAACAUUCAUAUUAAUCGCUGUGAGAACUUCAUAUUCAAUACUUUCCAAGAACUAUUGUAGAACGUUUAAAGUCUGUUUAUAAAUU